CGAACAGUCGACAAGGAGAGAGAGUGUGUGUCUGAUAAAGGAGGGAGGAAUUGCUGAAGAAUCAGACCAACUACGAUAAAACCCACAGAGCCACACCGGGGCUGAGAUGAUGACGUAGGCACGAUCCUCGAGCGUUCAGCGCAUCCAUCGCGCUCCUCAGCAACUUGGUGAAGAGACUCGCCGGCGCGCGUGAAGCUCGGAAGCGCUCAAGCCUCCUCGCCUUAUAAAGUGCGUCGGUGACGAAAGCUGUCGCGUGCGCGUAAAUUCAGCACUUGGUUCACGAGACAGCUCCGGUGUGUCGGCUUCCCUCACUGGACUCAAUUUCAAGAGCAGUUCUUUCAGUACUUUUUAGAACACUCUCGCACGCAUGAACAUUAGAAGAGUCAUCAUAUUUCUUGCUUUCAUCUAACUGCGAUCCAUAGUCUGGGACCUUCUCCACUAAAUAUGUACCAGGGGCAUUUGCAGGGGAAAGACUCUAGGGCUGCAGAUAAGACCGUUGCCAUGGUCCUGAAGGAGAUACCCAAUAAGGCGUCCUCAGAAGGCAAGCCCCUCCUCACGGUGACAAACAAGCUGGUGAGUGAGCAACAAGAGAGCCGUCCCUUGCUGAGCCCUUCCAUCGAUGAUUUCCUUUGCGAGACCAAGUGUGAUGGAGCUGCCCGCCCAGUAACCUCCAACACAGCAGUACUGUCCUCCUCUCUGGACCUGCUGGAUCUGAGUGAGCCUGGUGAGAGAAGACACAGCAAAGACAGGAAGAGCCCUCUUUCUUCUAAGGGCACACCGUACAGGAAGAAGCCCGAUGAAACAGAGCUGAUCCAAGUGGAUGUUGAACAGAGUAUACCCUGUUCCCGCACACCUGAAAAGAUUUCAUUGGACUCAGUAGCAGUUCCAUCUUCUUUGGACAAAUGGGAAGAACUCAACCCACACCCGGAGCGAAAUGGUAGCAGAAAGUGGAAACUUGAGAGAAGACGUUCAUCAAAAAAUUCUGGUGAAUUUGUGUGGUCUAUGGAUUGCAAAACUCAGCUAGACACUGCCCCCAGGAAUUCCCUGGAGGUCAAUAAUAAAGUAGAAGCGGAAGCCGUGCCAGUAACUCAACUCAACAGGCAAUAUGUUAGUGGAAGACAUGGCCGUUUGAGCAAAGACCAAAGGUGGGGUAGCACACUCCUGUCCAGAAACCAGUCUCUGGAGGAAGAGUUUGAGCGAGCUAAGGCAGCAGUGGAGUCAGACACAGAGUUUUGGGAUAAGAUGCAGGCAGAGUGGGAAGAGCUCGCUCGCCGGAACUGGCUAACAGAGAAUGAGCGACCACAGAUUCCCUCUAAUGUGUCUCCUUAUGAAAAGGGAUACUACUUCCACACAGAUAACCCUUUCAAAGACUGGCCAAAUGCAUUUGAAGAGGGAUUACGCAAGUCCAGAGAGGGAGACCUGCCUAACGCUGUACUUCUUCUGGAAGCAGCUGUGCUGCAGGACCCUCAGGAUUCGGAGGCUUGGCUGGUGCUGGGAACCACGCAAGCAGAGAAUGAGAAUGAGCAGGCAGCAAUUGUCUCCCUCCAGAGGUGUCUGGAGCUCCACCCCAACAACCUCCAGGCCCUCAUGGCCCUGGCAGUGAGCCUGACCAACACGGGCAUGAGGCAGGAUGCGUGUGAGGCGCUGCUAAGCUGGAUAAGGCACAACCCCAAAUACAAGCAACUUCUGAAGAGCCGCACACACCUGCAGGGCUCACCUGGUUCACGGAGACCCUCCUACCCUUCCGCAAUGGGCUGCCCCCUGCUGCCCGAGGUGAAGGAGCUGUACCUGGAAGCUGCCCAGCUCAACUCGGACAUGAUCGACCCAGACCUGCAGACAGGGUUGGGAGUGCUGUAUAACCUCAGCUCCGAGUUCAACAAAGCAGUGGAAGCCUUCAACGCAGCGCUAUCAGUGCGGCCGGAGGACUACCUGCUGUGGAAUCGGCUGGGGGCGACGCUGGCUAAUGGAGAUCGCAGCGAGGAGGCUGUGGAGGCCUAUACUAAAGCCCUGGAGCUGCAGCCCGGCUUCAUCCGCUCACGUUACAACCUCGGCAUCAGCUGCAUUAACAUGGGCGCUCACAGGGAGGCAGCCAGUAAUUUCCUUACGGCUCUUAGCCUGCAGAGGAAGAGCAGGAGUCGGCAGCUUUCGCACCAGGUCAUGUCUGGAAACAUCUGGGCGGCCCUGCGGAUAGCGCUGUCCAUGCUGGACCAGCCAGAGCUCUUUCAAGCUGCUAACAUAGGAGACCUGGACUUACUCAUGAAAGCUUUUAACCUGGAUAUGUGAGCGAGGAUACCCUUUAACCACGGCAAAUAUCCAAAGUCCUUUAUGAGAAGAACUUUGUCAGAAAAGCAACCUUUGUUUCGCAGAGCACCUUUACAUUCCUGAGAACUGAGUGCUGAAUGAUACUCUUUUACUAGAUUUGCACAUCAGUUUACGAUUACCCUAAAGAGCACAACGCCGGGUGAAGAUUGUAAGUAUGCCUUAGAGAAAAUAUCAGCUAGACCUGCAAUGUAACAGUGGGAAUUGGAGGAAACCACACUUGAUGAGAGGAACGCAGAUGUACAAGAACAACAUUGGCUUCACAUUAAUGACUUGAUUAGACAUGUACUGUACUGCGUAGACGUCAUGUAUCGGUUCGAUUGCACUCUUUAUUUGAGAUGGUGGGGUUAUUAUAGAUUUUGGUGGCACUUAGUUCAACCCUGGACACUCCUCACCUGAUCUCUGCUGCAUCAUCCCCUUUAUUUCCUGGAGCUUGCAGACCAGAUUAAAAAGCCUUACUUAUCUUGCAUGUAAAAUAAAUAAUUGAGAUGUUAUCAGUAUGAUAUCAGAUAAAAGCCAUUCCUUGCCAUACUUUGACCUCUUGAUGUAGAAGUCUAUGGUCCAUCAAGGUCUUUUUGUGAAACAUACCACAUCUUUGAAAUGUUACGCUGAUUAUUUCACAAAAUUCGAUGCAGGGAAUUAGAUAUACUGCCCCUUUUGCCACAGUUAUCAGCCUGGGAUUGACAGGAAAACAAGAAACUGCCCUAAAUAUAAGCCAAACUAUUUGUGAGCUUCACAGUUUUAUACCCUAAUAUUGUCCUUGUUUCUGAUAUUACUUGUUAUGGUGCAUCUCCAGCUUGCAUGAUGUUUUAGUUUGCUCAUCAGUGUGAACACGCAAGUGCUUAGUGUUGCAUAUGCGCUUCAAGAAAAAUCCUACGUUUUAAAACGCUAUGCAAAACCUAUAGAUUUUUUUCUUCAUGCAGCCGGAAGCAGAAGAAAAGCCUAAAGCAACAGAAAGCUGUACUUGCUUUGUCACUUUCUGUAUUUUAAAGUGUAAACUGGUAGGUAGAAGGUAGAAGAUCUGGUAAUCCUGUGUAGAUGGUUUAUUGUAUUUUAAGGCUAUGUCUACAUUAAUCCAGAUACAUUUGAAAAUGCGUCUUUUUCUUAACAUUUUGUCCUUGCGUCCCCAUUGAGAUGCUGUUUUUGUUCUGUGAUUCUGACGAUAGUCGAUACAUUUAAAAAUGCCACAUAAACGUUUUCGCAUGGCAAUGUGAAAUGUGAAAAUGGACACAUUCGUAAAUGAUAUUUGACAUGUUUAGUCAUGUGACACGUUGUAGCUAUAGAUAUGAUUAUAUCAACAUAUGCCAGCUAUGUGCUAUUCACCUGCACAUUAAAGAUAUUACAAUCUUUACAUUACAUUACUGCAAGGAAAAAAAAAUUUACUCGCAAUUGCUGUCCUGCAGCAAAUCAUGAGGACAGUUGUGACACUAUACAUGGAAUAGCAAUUGAAUGCAACCUGGACACACCAUUUAGUGGUGAAAUAUUUUGCUAAGAAAAUGAUUGUGCAAGAAGAAUAGUGUGAGAACUUUAUAUGGGGUCUCUCGGAUUCAUCUCAGUGAGCUGAAACAUAUCAGCUCAAUUAUGCAUGCAUAUUAAGAUUAUUUAAAGGGAUAGUUCUUCCCAAAAUGAAAAAUUCUGUUAACAUUUACUCACCCUCAUGUUGUUCCAAACCUAUUUGAGCUUCUUUCUUCUGUUGAACACAAAAGAUUAUAUUUUAAAGAAUGUUUGUAACCAAACAGCUGCCGGUAGCCAUUGACUUCCACAGUAUUUUUUUCCCACACUAUGUAAGCCAAUGGCUACCGUCAAUCGUUUGGUUACAUUCCUCAGUGUUCAUCACUUUUUCCAGUUUUUUUCAAGGUUGGACGUGAAACUAUUGGAAAAUGCCAGAGUGUAACAAAAAGCCAUUUUCAAAUGUGUCUGGAUUCAUUUAGACGCAGCCUAAGCAAUGGUUCCUAUUUAAAAAGGCUCCCUAACCCAGCUGAGCUUUUAUUUGUAGUGUCAUAUAUUUUCAUUAUUCCCACCUAGUGAAAGUAUAUCAAUGAAAAAGCAUGCAAAGCUAUUCAAGCACCCAUUAUAAAGUGUUAUUAAUUUAUUAAUUUUGACUAUAUUUCUUUAAUUACUGCUCUAUGUAUUUAUUUUAUUAUUCUGUAUCCGAAUCUGUUUGGAAAGUCCUGUAAAUGCUCAUCGAUACAGUUAGAACAGGCUUGUGCUUUGUAGCUGAAUGUUACAGUAGAUACUGUAGAUUCUCUCAUGCCUGAGGCCAAACCUCCCCUUUUCUAGAACUUUGUACAAUCUCAGGUGUGAUUGUCUAGAUGAAUUCAUGCUCCAGAAGUACUCCUGAUGUAUGAUCGCAUGCCGAAUAUACUUAUUUUUGAAUGCUGUAGAUUUAUUUAUAUGCAUGACCUUGACAUGCCUAUUUUAAUCUAUACCCUUCAUUUCUAUGACUUAUAUAUAUCACUGUAAUCACAAUAUUUUGCAUUUCAAAGUAUAUAUUGAUCUGAAGAAUAUGGCAUAUUAACUGUAAAAUAUCUACAAACGAGCAGUUUUUGCAAUGCAGUGAGUAAUCUUAAAAGACCUUCUUUAUAGUCACUUAUAUUACUAUUGCAAUAGCCAGAUUUACUAAAGCCUUUAGAGUUAGAGACUCAAAUGUAUGUUAUGCAUCAUUCAGAGCUGUGUUUCUGAAUUUGUACCUGCAAACUUUCUGAAUGUUUGCCAUAGGCUUUAUUAACUCUGGCCCAAUAUUUAAAAGAUAGAUGCAUAUAUAAAAAGUUAUCUUUUAAAAUAAAAUAUUGGAAUAGAGUUUGUAUGCCUGGUUGUUGCUG